AUGAAGUCAGUUUCGGGUGAUGAGAAACUUCCAUUCUUGAAUGAUGAAGGUUCUUCAUAUCCUAGUAAUAAAAAAACUGAUCCUUGGUACAAGAAGCAAGUUUGGAACAGUGAUGAAAAGACAAAAUACUUAAUGGGACGUACUGUGAGUGGCUGGGUUAAAUUUUGGUUACAUUACUUCAUCCUGUAUCUGUGUUUGCUUGUUAUAAUGACUGGCUUACUGAUAAUAAUCACCCAACUAAUUAUCAGUAAUGACCAACCUUAUAUAACUGGUCUUGACAGCCCGCUCGCACUUUCACCAGGAUUAGGAAUGAGACCUCGCAACAACUUCAUGACAACCCUGAUAGCUUAUGCAGCUUCAGAUCCGCAAACUUAUAUGCCAUUUGUGCAGGAUAUACGAACAUUUCUCUAUUUCUAUGAAGAAGUCAAUAUACAACCACAAGAUGGUUUUGCCACAUGUGAUAAAAUCAAGUCACCGGAUGAUGUCGAUCUGGUCUGCAAAUUUUAUCCCGUUGAUCUUGGUGUCUGCGUAAAAGAGAAUAAUUUUGGAUACGACCGAAGUCAACCAUGCGUUAUUCUAAAAAUUAAUAAGGUUUAUGGUUGGUUACCUGAUAUCGUGAAUAAAAGCUUGUCAAACAAUCCUCUUGUUCGUUGUCGAGGUCAAAAUCCUCAAGACUUAGAAAAUUUCGGUGAAGUACUGUAUUUUCCGAAUAUUACAAUUGAUGGCAUAACUUAUGGUUACUUCAGCCAUUUAUACUUCCCAUACCUUGUACAAGUUGCCUAUCGCUCACCGCUUGUUGCUGUACAAUUCGCUAGACCUAAACGACAUGUUCUUUUAAUGGUACGUUGUGAAUUGUUCAAUGUGCGUAGUCCUGGAGAUCCAAUGGAUUUUGAAAUUUUAGUGGAUUAG